CACGUGAAAUUUCUCAGCGUGGUCAACCCAUCGAUCAUGGGUGUUCGAAUGGCCACGUGCUUUUGGAUAUGACGCCAACAAAAUGUCCUGACAUUUGCCCAGUAUUUCAGCUUUUACUAUCAAUCUACUCAAGAUGGACCACAGCUGUAGGAAGAUGGGCAAACCCGAAAGGCUGGUAAGGCCAGGGAAGAACAACACGCAGUCUCCAGGCGGGUGUGGGAGCGUUAUGCAAAAGUAUCACUUCACAGAAUCAUCUAGUUCACGUGGAGACCUUGUGCAUCCUCCGGCCAAACUGCUACCACCAUUUCCACCUCAAUCGCCCACACGGUUGUCACAGGUGGAGCAGACAUUCCAAUCAGUCGUCGGGCCAUUUUCGCAUCUGAAUAUUCCCCAGAGGGAAAGAUGUAAGUUACCCAGCCUUGAUUACUCUAAAGCUGACUUAAUGGGACGCGCUGUCAUCAAAGAUAGAUCCACAGUACAGCGAGGAAAACGACGCAGGGCUUCCGUAGAUGUCUAUGUCGAGACCACGCCCCUACCACACUUCCGUUGUUUACUGUGCGGUCUGGAUUGUGUCCGAGGAGACUUGUUGUACGCCCAUUUGCUGAUUCUGAGACAUGACUUUGCCAAACGUUAUGGUCUAGACGGCAGCAUAGUGCGAAAUGAGGAGCAAAUCAGUGUAUGGACAGCCCGAUUGACGUGCUGCCGCUGUGGUCGACGCUGGGAAUCUGAAGUAGAAUGUUUGUCAGCCAACCAGCACGGCUGUGUUCAACAAAAGGCGGCCUAUCUGAGCGCAUUUCUCGCCCCAAACGAUGUGGUUAAACAGGGUCUACCGUUUCUGUGCUUGUUCUGUUGCACAGAGCCCAACCGACCAAAUCAGCCUUCGGUUCGUUGUGGCCGUGGUACUACAGGUUUCUCAAAGCCACAGCCACUGAAGUUGCAUGAGAGCGCUAUGAGAUUUCGUUCUAAGCUUCAUUUGGUCGUACACAUUCUGUGUCGACACGCCGCCCAACGAAAGUCAGGUACAUGUGCAGAAUGUCCACUUAUGCAAUUAAACCUACCGGCAGAAGAAGAGGGUGGCUCGGAACGGUCCUUUUGGUAUCCUGAAGAAGACGAGGUGAUUCGUCUGGGUGAAAGGGUUGCCCGCUAUCGACGGACAAAGGAACACAAGCAGCUUCAGUCCCAAGAUGACACACUGACAGCAAGCUCGGAAUCAGAAACAGAUACCUUGUCUCCAUGUCAAAACAGUGACAAUUCCAUUCUGAAAAGACAAGGUCUCCAAGCCUUGGAAAAGCACAUUGACGAGUAUCACCUACCUAACUUCGAAGUACUCAUGUGGUACAUGUUACACUCCAUGCCUACCAGGGCGAAUAGUUCCACCGCACGCAAACACGCCAUGUACAGUUGUCCGAUUUGUGACUUGAACAACUAUCGCAUGUUGCCGCACAUUUCAGCCAUGAUCGGUGAAGAUAUGAGCAAAUCCGUGGGUGACCUGCCUGCAAAGCAUUGCCACAUCACAAGCAACGCCAUGCUGCAGGCCCAUGUGGCAUGCUACCAUGCUGGAGCGAAGGAGCUGGACUCAUUGUUGGAGCUGUGUCAAGUGUGCGAGACUACUGAUUUCAUGAGACUGUCGUCGCACGCAUUUUCUGAAAGGGCAACACAAACCGUGCAGGGCUCGCUGCGGCACCUUACGCGUGCUGGUCAUGUGGCUCGUCUCUUGAACCAAUUUAACCAAUGCGUUAGUCAAGGUCGUUUGGACAUGGAGAGCUAUCAUGCAAGUCUGGAUUGGUCGACUGUGUGUCUCUUCUGUUGGCAUCGAUAUGCAAUUCACUUAGGCGAUUCAAUGACGAAUUUACUGGCCCAGUGCCGCCUACAAACUCAUUUGGUUGUGCAACAUGGGGCGCUAAGUUACGAGUCUUCCUAUAAGUCUUGCGAUGUGACCUUGAAUGGGGUUCGCCCUUGUGGGUGGUGUGGAGAGACAAUGCGUUUAUUUGGCGAAGAAGUCAAAUGGACAAGCUGAACGAUUUGUGGAUACUUUCAAGAGCGCUCUGCUCAAAGCGGAAGGAGACGGACCAAUCCAAAAGGUCCUACAAACUUUUCCGUUAACGUACAGGAUUACGCCUAAUCCACCGACGCCUGAAGGGAACUUCCCAGCAGAAGUACUCCUGCUCAGAAAGCCUCGAACGAAAUGUGAUCUAAUAAGGCCGUCGGAUAGACCCAAUGCCGAAAGAAACUGGAUAACCGAGCACCAGUACAACCGAAGGCAUCGCGCUAUACCAUGACACUUCGAAGUUGAGCAGAAAGUGUUGACAAAAGACUAUCAGAACACCCAAAUCUCUUGGACCCCUGGAAUGGUUGUAAAAAGAUAUGGCCAUGCCUGUUUUGAAGUGGCCGUACGCGAUGACAAAUGGAUUGGCAACAUUAACCAACUCAGGAGUUACAUGUCAUUUGACAGAAGAGAAAAUGUCCUAACUACACCUCUUGAAUUACUUCUGGACGAGUUCAAACUACCAAAAACAGAGACUACUCAGCAAUAUAAGCGUAUCAAUCCAACAACCUCUCUUUCACCCGAUUGUCGACUCAGAAGAUGGCCCGAUCGUUGCCGAGUUCCUGUCGCGCCGCUCUAGUUUACUCACAGGCUGAAAUCAAAUGACAGUGGACUUCUAACGGGGAGGUGUUAGGAGGGGCAUCUCCUAACGAAUGGAUCAGCAAACCCAACGGAAUUGCAUGGCUGAACGCUAAACGCGUGCGUCCAUCUGCCGUAAUUAUUGAUUGUUAAUUUGGAUUCUGUAUUCAUGUGACCUCGAGUGCCUCGCACGUCCUGUUGCGGCAUUUUUGAGACUAACUGUUAUGCAAAUAAGCAUCUUAUUACACAG